CAAUCUACAGCCGGCAUCUCAAGUCUCGUUUCUCGUCGUCGUUCGUAGCCAGUCUUGCAUUGAAAUCCGGCGAAGUAAUUUCGACGCGAUAAACAAUACAGUGCUGAAACGACUCAUGUGAACUUUUGGGAGCCUCAUUGGCUGAAGAUUUUUCAGUGAUGUGUUUUUAAACUCUAAUUAAGGGUUAGUUGUGAGUUAGCCAGUGGUGAAAUGAUUUUUGGAUUUUCUUAUUUUGGAUACUAAACACACAAAUAGCUCGGAAUAAUGGAUGAACAAACAGCCCUUGUUUUGGCCCUGCAGCUAGUCGCCCUUUUUUCAAUCGCAGGAGCCCUUUUGUGUUAUUUAUUAUGUAAAAUCCGGGCUGGCAGUGGUCCAGAAGCUGCGGGAAGCACCCCCGGAGGAGGAAAAGCAGUUUUAGUAACUUGUGCUGACAACUCUAUCGGACUUCAACUUGCUGUACAUCUGGCCAAUAGAGGCUUCCGAGUCUUCGCAGGUUUGAAAGAUGGAGCUUCGUCAGGAUCCUCCGAUGACUCGGUGUCUUCUCGAGUGAUAAGAGCGUGGCAGAAACACAGGGAGAGUUUGACCGGUUUGUGUCAUUCGGCAUUGGUAGCUUUGCCUUUGGAUGUGACAAGAGAAGAUUUGUUGCAUGAAGCUGUUGACAUUAUUCGCGCGCAUUUGCCGGCAGGGGAAGAUGGCAUUUGGGCCGUGAUCAACACUAGCGGCCUCUCCUACCGCGGCCGUUUAGACCAGCAGGACAUCGCCCAUUGGGAUGCAAUCCUGAAAACCAACGUCGUCGGCGUUUUGCGAACGACUCGCACUUUCCAGGGUUUAUUGCGUAAUACUUCCGGCCGUUUAAUUAACUUUGGAGUGCCUGAUAGCGCAGAAGCCGGCUUGGUUGCCUACACAGCCAGCAGGUAUGCCGUCGAAGGAGCCAGUAAUGCCCUACGUCAGGAGCUAGCCCCCAUGGGGAUCAAAGUGAUUACGUUACAUCUAUCGGGCGUUACUCCUGAAAUGCUAUUUGUCACACCCAAACUUAACACGAAAGAGGAACGAGGGGAUAUUUCCGUCGACAUGAGUGGGUGUAUUGAGUAUCAGCCGAUUCUGUUGACCCCGCAUUCGUUGAGGGUGGUAGACGUUGCGGUCACCGCGGGCACCCCUAAUAACUGUUAUGAUCUUGCACCCAAGGGGCACUGGACAAAACCGAUUAAUUUUAUUAAGUCGUUUGUAGUGUAAUUGUUAUUUGUCAGUAUACGUACUAUUUCUAAGACUUAUUACGUGUAUAUAUCUUUUUUAUAUUAUGUAAAUAUGUUAUGUUGUAAUAAUAACUAUUCAAUUCAA